AUGUCCCCGCGGGCGCUGGAGCUGGCGCUGGUGCUGGCGGAGUUGGUUCUGGCCCUGGGGGCGGCCGAGGAGGGGGAAGCCGCCGUCGGGGUGGCCCCUCCGGGACCCGCUGCUUUCCAUCGCGCCGCCAAGGCGUCGUGGCGGCUGCCCGGGCGCUACGUGGUGAUGCUGCGGGCGGGCAGCGAGGCCGAGCUGCGGGACACGGCCCGGGGGCUGCAGGCCCGGGCGGCUCGGCGGGGACACCGGGCCGAGCUGCUGCACGUUUUCCACCUCCUGCCAGCCUUCCUGGUGAGGAUGAGCAGCGACGUCUUGGACACGGCACUGAAGCUGCCGCAAGUGAAGUACAUCGAGGAGGAUGCCUACGUCUUCGGCCAGAGCAUUCCCUGGAACCUGGGCAGGAUCGUACCGCCGCAGCCCAGCUCAGGCUCCUACAGCCCUCCCAAUAAAGGUGACCUGGUCGAGAUUUACCUGCUGGACACCAGCGUGCAGAGCACCCACAGGGAGAUCGAGGGCAGGGUGACUGUGACUGGCUUCGAGAGCAUCCCCGAUGAGGAUGGCACCCACUUCCACAGGCAGGCCAGCAAGUGUGACAGCCACGGGACACACGUGGCCGGGGUGCUGAGCGGGCGCGACGCCGGCGUGGCCACGGCAGCCAACAUCCGCAGCCUCCGGGUGCUGAACUGCCAGGGGAAGGGCACCGUCAGCGGGACCCUCAUGGCCCUGGAGUUCGUCAGGACGGCUCUGGAGGCUGAGCCGUACGCGCCGCUGGUGCUGCUGCCGCUGGCCGGCGGCCACAGCCCCGCACUGAACGCGGGCUGCCGGCGGCUCGCACGGGCCGGAGCGCUGAUGGUGGCGGCCGCCGGCAACUACAAGGACGAUGCCUGCCUCUACUCGCCUGCAUCCGAGCCGGAGGUCAUCACGGUCGGUGCCACCGACAGCGAGGACCAGCCCGCCUCCAUCGGCACCCUGGGCACCAACUUUGGCCGCUGCGUGGACCUGUUCGCCCCGGGGGACGACAUCAUCGGCGCCUCCAGCGACUGCAGCACGUGUUUCACAGCGCGGAGCGGAACUUCGCAGGCGGCCGCACACGUGGCAGGCAUCGCUGCCGUGCUGCUGAGCGCCGAGCCCCGGCUGAGCCUGGCCGAGCUCCGGCAGCGCCUCCUGCGCUUCUCCGCCAAGGGCGCGAUGGGCACGGAGCGGGUCCCGGAGGAGCAGCGCCUCCAGACACCCAACAGCGUGGCUGCCCUGCCCACCCGGCUGGGGACAGAGGAGCAGCUGCUCUGCCGCUCGGUGUGGUCGGCCCGCUCGGGGCCGGCCCGGCACGCCACGGCCGUGGCUCGCUGCUCCAGCGCCGAGGAGAUGCUCAGCUGCUCCAGCUUCUCCCGCAGCGGCAGCCGGCUCGGGGAGCACAUGGAGGACAAGGACGGGCAGAAGCGGUGCGUGGCCCACGGCGCUUCCCGAGGCCGGGGGGUUUAUGCCAUCGCCAGGUGCUGUACGUGGCCCAGGGCUGAAUGCCAGAUCAGCGCCAGCUCCCGGGAGGCCGAGUGCUCCCCAGGACACCACGUGCUGACAGGCUGCAGUUUCCACUCGCCAUCCGUGGGGCUGGGGGCCGCUGGCAGGCCCGUGGUGGGGCUGGGGAGGGGGCCCAGCCGCUGUGCCAGCAGGGCAGAGGCGGUGGCACACGCCUUGUGCUGCCCCACUGCCAGCCUCGAGUGCCGGCUGAAGGAGCGCAUGGCCCCGGAAAACGAGGACAAGGUGACGGUGUCCUGUGACGAUGGCUGGACGCUGACGGGCUGUAACGCCAUUCCCCAGAGCUCCAUGGGAGCCUAUGCCGUGGACAAUUCCUGCCUGGCACCCUCUGUCCCUGGCAGCAGCUCGGCUGUGGCCAUCGCCAUUUGCUGCCGGAGCCGGCAGUAGGGACAGGCUGAGCUGGAGGCUCCUGUGGCACAGCGGGGAUGGAGGCUUGGCUGGAAUGGUGUGACCCUGUCCCUUUCCAGGGCUUCCAGAACAAUCCAUGCUCUGACAUGCAGCUGAGGACCUCCACGCUUGGGCUGCCGUGCUGGUGGGGGAUGAACGUCCCUCUGCCUCACACACAGUGGGGUCAGGAUCCAGGACCAGCAUCCAGAGCGGCCCUGCAAGAGCUCUCCAAGCAUCCCCCAUGCAGCUGGAGCCCUGUCCCAGCACCAGAGCCAUCCCAGAACCCUCUCCCUGCUCUGCACCGAGUUUUCCUAUAAACACCCUGACAGAACAAGCCAUGGUGUUGUCACCCAACACAAAAUCCACUACCUUUUUAAAGAAAAAAGGAUUGUUAGGCUCACUCCUUCCUUUCCUGGUUAGCUGCUCAUUAGUUGUCAGCUAAUGCUGCUUAGCACCUAGAAAAUCUUAGUUUAGCCAUUUUUGGGCAGUUUUAUAAUUGCCUAAUCAUAUUCCUAGGAGACUUCUUUACUUCUGAGUCAAGUGCAAGGGCUGUAGUUUAAACGGCCUGCUUGGUUAAUUAGAUUUUUUAUCUGCAUUGCUAUAGUCAGCUACUGCUUCAUUAGUGCUUUUUUUGUUAAGUCAAAGUUAAUGAUCUGCUGGUGUUAUGUGUCAACAGUUUCAGGUCUU